AUGAGUUCCCUGAGUAACGCCGUUGUUGGACGGGAAAGUAUGGAUGUACAUCUAUCUCGGCAGCCUCUCAGCCACCACAACAAUGCAUCGUCUCUUCAAGGUAUCGGAUUUCUCGUCAUGGGGCUUACGGGGGCCGGUAAAAGCACAUUCAUCUCACAACUCACUCAUCAAGAGGCCGAGGUCGGACAUUCGCUGAACUCUUGUACUGCGGAUGUCAUACCCUACGAGUACCGGUUACCUAAUGGGAAAGUGAUCCAUCUCAUCGACACACCGGGCUUUGACGAUACUAGCACAGACUAUGCCGGUGUGUUCAAGAAAAUUGCUGCAUUUCUCUGCAUCGUCUGCGAUGGCCCUCGGAAAGCCUUCACCAUAGGCGGAUUGAUAUACGUCCACCGGAUAACUGACGUGCGAAUGUCAGGAUCUUCACUAAAAAGCCUGCGUAUUUUCGAAAAGAUCUGUGGUGAACAGUGCUUCCAGCAUGUCACAAUUGUUACGACUAUGUGGGAUCAGCUCCAGUCUCCAGAAUCAAAUGAAGCUGCGACGAUACGUGAGAAGACGUUGAGGGAAAGGCCUGAGUUCUUCGGCGCUUUAGUGGGAGCUGGUGCCAUGAUGGAGAGGCACUCUAAUGAACAAAGCGCCCGUAACAUUGUUGAACAGCUUGAAAACAAGCAAAGAGACAUAUCUUUGCAGCUACAACAAGAAAUGAAGCGCAGCGUGACCACCAAACUGGAGGAAUCCACAGCAGGGCAGUACUUGGAAGGUGAAUUGGAAAACGUCCGAAAGAGAUAUGAGAUGCAGAAGAAAGAGUUAGAAGAGAGCGCAGAAGAGUUCCAAGAUGAUGAAGAUCUCAGGAGCGAAUUUUCAGAGCAGGUCAGAGAAUGCGCAGCCGUUGUAGAGAGACUGGAGGCCGAGAAGGGUAGCCUUUCGGUUACUCUUGAAGACAUACACAACGAACAAGCAGCAUUCUAUGCAAGAAAGUAUGAUAGUAUGAUGAGAGACAGUAUCUCAGAUGCGCCGUCAGCGCGCAUGUUACACGAGCUCAGCAAAGUCUUAUACCCUAGAAAAGGAGGACCGGACGCUCAGAAAGACGUGCGCAGGAGAGGACUAGAGAUUGAAGACCGUACAGAAGCUUGA